CAAGUCCCAAAUCCGGACUAUAUAAGAAACGAGUGAUAUACACAGAUAUAAUUGCAGCCUAUUGUUAUUCUUACACUAUCAUCAAUAAAGUCAGUUUAAGUUUCUGCUAUCCAAAUUCAUGUUCUGAUCAAAGAGAGAAAUAUAUACCAGGAAAAGUGAUACAUAUCGAUUGAAAGAGACGAUGAAAACAAGCGUUUUCAGCCGGAGGAUGACACGGCAGGGCACAAUCUCCGCCGAUAAGAUCAAACUCUUGUUCUGUUGUUGCUUCUUACUAGCGCUAAUUGCGCUCACUUGUCUUCUUGGAUCCUAUACAACAUGGAAUAUACACUCACCUUCUCCAUUUCCUCAUUCGUCGUCACCUCGCAGGAAAGGCUACACUAUAUUGAUUAACACAUGGAAGAGAAAUGAUCUUCUUAUGCAAUCUAUCUCCCACUAUUCUUCUUGCCCGAGCCUUUCUUCAAUACACAUUGUGUGGAGUGAUCCUAACAACCCUCCACCAUCACUUAUAGAGUUCCUCAACAAAGUUGUGCAUUCGCGGUUGACAUAUGGUCAGCAAAUUGAGCUGAAAUUUGACUUCAAUCAUGAAGACUCUCUAAAUAAUAGGUUUAAGGAGCUCAAUGAAUUUGAAAAUGAUGCUGUAUUUUCGAUUGAUGAUGAUGUCAUAAUUCCUUGUUCUUCUGUGGAGUUUGCUUUCACGGUUUGGAAAAGUGCACCUAAUACAAUGGUGGGAUUUGUACCCCGUACGCAUUGGGUUGAUAACUUGAAAGGUGAGGGACAAAAGUACAUUUAUGGAGGGUGGUGGCCAGUGUGGUGGAUGGGAACCUACAGUAUGGUUCUUUCGAAAGCUGCUUUUUUUCACAAGAAGUAUCUUACUUUGUAUACCAACCAAAUGCCAGCAUCAAUUAGAAACCAUGUGACUAAAAACAGGAAUUGUGAAGAUAUUGCGAUGUCCUUCCUUGUUGCCAAUGAGACCAAUGCUCCUCCUAUAUGGAUACAAGGAAAAAUAUUUGAGAUUGGUUCAAGUGGAAUUAGUAGCUUAGGAAGUCACAAUGAGAAAAGGACCCAAUGUGUGAAUAGAUUUGUUGCUGAGUUUGGAAGAAUGCCAUUGGUAACCACUUCUGUUAAAGCUAUAGAUAGUCGACAUAGCUGGUUUUGGUGAAGAAAAUGAGAUCUUUACAUUACUUAUUUUAACGCUACUUGUAAAAAAAGGUUUUGUGCAACUGAAACUUUUAUUGUUCAUAGCCACGAAUUUGUUGCCUUUUCGGGCUUUUCAUUUGGGCGACGACCUCCAUCGCCUAUGGAUGUAAUUACAGGGGCGGAGCCAAGGGGUCAGGGUGGUCAGCCGACCAUGCUGAAAGUUCAAGAAUGUAGAGCUCUGAAAUACCUUCGAUUUGAUAUAUUAUGGGUCUCGUAACUCAUUACGAGUAAAAAGUUACGACUUUUGGAAAAAUCAGCAUCAUCUUAACUUGAAAUAAGCAAAAUUUG